AUGGAAGAAGUUGAAAAGUGGCGUGGUGCCGAAACUGUGUCUUGCUACGUUGAAUCAUUGAAAAGAUUGCGCACAGCGGACGGAAUCCGAAUUACUUCUCUAGCGUGUACAUCCUUUUUGAUUGGUCCACCGAUGUUAGAUGUUAGUUUAGAAAUUUCUGGAUAUUGCACUGAUUGUGUUGUAUUUUGCAAUGCUGAAAUCUUCGAUGAUACAAAUGAUACGUGGAACGUGAAUCCGAAUCCGUCACAUGAAGCAAAGUACAAGCACAAGUCGUCACUACAGGAAAUGUUGAAAUUCAAAAAUCCUUUUGGCAAUCCAUUCCAAGUGGAAAUAAUGACAGCAAAAGAGGAAAAACUCAGAGAAUUCAGCUACGUCCCUUCAGCUUAUUGCCAAUUAAUGGAUGAAAUGAUUGGAAGGAGGACUAGGCCGUGGAAUGCUAAUCGUAGUCCUAUAAAGCCGCUUCAGACUUUUACUUUACCUGAUAUGACCCGUGAAGAGUUAAUAUUUUCUCGAUUGAUGGAAAAUUGUGCUUGUAAGUCGACUGUUGCAGCAAUUGCUGGUUUUGGUCUUGGCAUUGCUUUCGGUUUAUUUACUGCUUCUGUCGAUCCCCAGGCGACUAUGGCAGUUGGAGCUGAUCCUACCAAAAUUCCAACAUUGAAAGAGAUGUGGUUAGAAUCAAAGUCACGAAUGCGUUCAUAUGGAAAGAAUUUCGCUUCUAUAGGAUUUCUUUUUACGGGCACCGAAUGCUUGGUGGAAAGCUAUCGAGCAUGUAAUGAUUGGGAAAAUGGUACUUUAGCUGGAGCGAUUGUUGGUGGUUUGAUUGGUCUUCGUGCAGGUGUAAGGCCAGCUGCUUUAGGCGCAGGUGGUUUUGCAGCAUUCUCGACUGUUAUUGAUUACUAUAUGAGGAACAAGUAGCAACUAGACAUUGGUGUAGAUUCAUAUUAUUGAUUUCUGAGAUUAUUUUGGAGAAAUCUUUAAUGGG